ACUAGAUGAAGAUUACAAGCCCCCGCCGAAAAAGCCCGCUCAGCCAUUUUCUGGUUCUGGUCAAAGGCUCGGCAGUCCAGCACCUCAAAUUAUCUCAAGUAGCACACCCGGUACAUAUCCACCAACAUUAACUACAUCAAGUGUUACCGGAACAUCGACGCAGAGAGGAUACGAAUUAGAAAUUGAUGAAUCGUUGCCGAUAACGUCAAUUCAGAUUCGAUUAGGGGAUGGGACAAGGAUGCUUGCUAGAUUCAAUCAUACUCACACGAUUGGGGAUAUUCGCAAUUUUAUUAACGCUUCGAGAGUGGGUGAAUCAUCACGCAGUUACAUCUUACAAACAGCGUUCCCUUCAAAAGAGCUAAAGGAUGAAUCCCAAACCAUAUCCAGUGCGUCUCUUCUUAAUGCCGUUGUUAUUCAACGUUAUACAUAA